AUAUAAUAUUGCACUUGAUAAACCCUAAACUCACACUCUGCCCGGGACUUUCUUCCAGUUAACACCAUGGGAGGAUCAUCCAGCUCUCCUGCCCCUCCCCCCUCUCCUCUUCUCAGUGUACCUUGGAGGACCAUAACCUGGGCAGACAAGCAGAGUGACCUGCAGCAUGUGAAGAACUACAAACCCCAGACCGACGGCCAGCAGCUCCGGAUUCUUCUUUAUGGAUCAGUUGGAGCCGGGAAGUCCAGUUUCAUCAACUCUGUCACAAGUGUCAUAAAAGGCCAAAUGUCCAAAAGGGCUGGGACGGCCAACGUCUCGGGCAGCUCUCAUACCAAAAAGUACACAACCUACAGGAUCCAAAAGGACGGACAGAACACCUUUCACCCCGUGGUUCUCAGUGACACCAUGGGGAUGGAAUGCAGCACCAACAGACGCAGGAAGGUCUACGUGAAAGACAUGAAACGGGCGAUGAAGGGACAUGUGAGAGACGGCUACACGUUCAACCCUGAGUGUAAGAUAUUAAAGGACGACCAGCGCUACAUCCCAGCUCCAACUGCCAACGACAGAGCCCACGUUCUGGUGUGUGUCGUUGAUGCCAGGACGGUGUCUCAGAUGAGUGAGAAAGCUAUAGAAACACUGCAGGACAUCAGGGACGAGGCCUCUGACCUGAAUAUUCCUCAAGUGGCCAUUCUGACCAAAAUUGACAUGAUCUGUCCGGAGAUUAAAAAGGAUUUAAGGAAUGUCUACAAAAGCAAGAUACUAAAGCGAAAGAUGGAGGAGUUCAGUGCAGCGGUGGGCAUUCCCGUAGACUGCAUCUUCCCUGUGAAGAACUACCAUGACGAUAACACCUUCAACAACGACGCUGACACUCUGAUCCUGAGCGCCCUGAGGAACUUCAUCAACUUUGGAGACGAAUUCAUCUCGGGUCAGGCUUAAUGUUGACGUUAAUGGUCUCCCUCUAAGGACAGGGAUUCCAGAGAGUACCCUCCAGACAUUAACAGUGAACCCCCACCUAUAUAAGCAAAGUAAGAUUCUCUCAAUGUGAUCUCAUGAAAAACGUAUGAAUAACCAACUCAUCACAUACAGGCUUUUAUGAAACCCUUGACAUUACUUUCAUGUUUAGGCAACAAAAAUACUUGUUUCAGGUUAAAAUACGAGCACUUGUUCAUUAUGUAACUUACUGUACAUACGUAAGUAAUGCUCACAAAGUAACCAAAACCAACAGUUAAGUUAAAAAUAUAUUGUUGUGUUGAACAAAGGUUCAGUUUAGAACCCAAGAAACCCAAAGCUAAAAAUAUAUUUACUGUUUGAAGUGUGCUAUGUAACUCACAGCUAAAAUAUGUGUACUGCUUAAAAGUGUGCUAUGUAACCCAUGAUAUAUAUUGUUUUGAUGUAUGUAUGAACUAAAUAUGAGAAACAGCUAAAACUAUAUAAUAGGUGUUUGGUGUGGUAAGGUCACACUUACUGUAACAGUAGAACUUGUCUGAACACGUCUUCUGCUGUGGCCACCUGUAUGAUUACGUAGUGGUGGAAAUACCCUGAUUUCUAGAAGGGGGGGUGGUUUAGUCUUGGCUUUGACUAUAAAUAUGAGUUGAUGUGGACUCUCUCUUCGGCACAAGUAUACCCACUUAUCGUUUUUUUCCCCCCAUUCUCUGAUUUUGAUACUCUUUGUUUUUAGGGCAAAAAGGGAAAAGAUUAUUUCUGUAUUUUGUAUUCACUAAAUAAUAAAACUACCUGAGCUUGUGGUGAGCUAGGGG